AUGACAGCAUCAAACAACUCUUCGCAAUCCGUAUUGGUGGACCCCGAGUACAGAAUCUUCAAGGAGAUGGUCGAUCUCCAGAUGCAGCAUCUCGGUCCACCACCAAUGGAGACUGUCUCAGACAUCCGCAGCGCUACGGCCGGUAUGCUCGCAAUGGUAGCAUCUACCGUUAAACACCCAGAUGGAAUGCAAGAAAGUGUCCAUUUCGCACCUUCUUCAUUGCCAUCGUCAAGCGCGCCACAUCAGAUCCCAAUCACACGUUACAUUCCCAUCGCCACCGCCUCUGCUACGGGACCUCAGCGUGCCAUUAUCUACGUACAUGGAGGUGGUCUGAUAGCUGGUAGUGUGGAUGCAUUUCGGCCAUGGGCUGCUGAAUUGGCGGAACGGUCAGGCACGCAGGUUUUCUCGGUGAAAUACCGUCUGGCGCCUGAGUUUUCCAUUGCUCCAUCAUGUACAAAGGACGAAUCACCCGCACCUUUUGCAGUCCACGAUGUUUUGGACGCUCUAUCUUGGUUGCAAUCUCCCGACACGACGUCCAAGUUGGGUAUUGACCCAGCCAGGAUUCUCCUCUCUGGGAACAGUGCAGGUGGAGCAAUUGCAGCCGGCGUCGCCCUCUUGGAACGAGACCGCAGAUUAAGAGGAGAAAGAGGGGAUCUCCCACCUGUGGCAGGCAUCCUACUCAACUAUCCCAUGCUAGAUGACAAGACCAGAGCAGUGGAGGGUGCUGCCGAAAACGAUUGGCAUGUGUUCACGGACAAGGUAAACCAAAUUGGGUGGCAAUCAUAUUCUGGGUUGAACUUCGAUGAACGAAAUGACCAGAAUGUAUCCUAUUAUACCAGCCCUGCUCGGUGUUCAGACUUGAGUGGAAUGCCACCCACACUGAUAGACGUUCCGACUCUGGACUUGCUCAAGAAUGAAGGAAUUACAUUUGGUACUCGUCUUGCCGAGUCUAAUGUUGCCGUUCAGCUAAACGUUUACCCUGGCGUUACUCAUGGAUUUGAUGGACAGAUACCGGAACAUCGUCUAUCAAAGUUGAUGAAGUCGAAUAAUGUGCAAUUCAUUCAAAGUAUUUAA